ACUAUAGUGUUCUUACCUAUUACCGUAAACAAAUUCAGACGAAUUAGGAAAGUGUUUCAGACAAAUUUCUUUUUGAAAUUGCUUUUAAAUUUAAUAUAAUUUGUUACAAAGGUUAUUUUUGAAGUAAACUAAAAACAAAAAACAGCUUUGAGCUUUUUUUUUGCAUGAGAAAGCGAAAAAAUGUACAUUGACAAGUGUUGUUCCAGUCAACGGUGAACUGGACUCAUCCACCCUUAGAACAUUUUAUUCCUGAAAAGCAAGGCCAUAUAUACUGAAAAGCUGAAAAGUGACUUCAAUAGACAAAUUUCAUUUUGAAAUAUUGAUAUUUGAUAUAGUAUUGGAGCAAAAGGGCAAUUCUUCGCACAUACUGCAACUGCAUAGAAACGGCAGUGAUUGCUUAUCACAUAUAGCAAGAUAAAAGCAACAAUGCCAACAUAUGAGAUUUCUCUUCUUCUUAGAAAAAUGCAAAAGCCGGCAUUGGUGCAGACGGUGAAGCGGACGGCCGAACUGGUGAUGGACAGGGGCGGCUACAUACGGAAGGUGGAGAGCCUGGGCACGCGAGCACUACCCAGCAGGAUGGCCGCUCACGGUCUGCGGCACUCCGAGGGCAGCUACUUCCGUGUGGAGUUUGACAUACCGCCGGCGCGAGUAUUUGACGUGAUGGACUUUGCCGGCCGCGACGUGGACGUCGUCCGCUACGGUGUGUUCAAGGUGGAGGAGCCGGAACCGCAGCAGUGUACCUUCCACGAGGAGACCAUGCCGCCGCCCUACAGGGCCGAGGUCAAACAAAUGUUGGCGGCCGUCGAAAAGAAGGAGCAGCGCCAAAAGAAGUUCAAGCCCAACACCAAGCUCGACUUUUAUCCUUUCCAGCGGUAGCGACUAUGGUGUUCACGGGUCUUUAACUCCUCUCCUAGUCGGGAAUGUGCUCUGUUUUGUUUUAUAUGAGUAUGCUUGCGAUGAACUUGGUCAGAACUAUUGUGUAGUUAUAAAGCUUUGCUGUGUAGGUUUUGAUAAAAUAUACUGUAAUGACGGA